AUACAUAUGUAUAAAUAAAUAUUUAAACAUAUAUUAUCGUAUGUAUGUAUCACAUAUUUAUUUAAUGUCUAUUACAUUGAGUCCACUUGCAUAUCAACAAUAAAUUUAGUAAGUGUUUAGUAUGUUCCAUUGUCAUUGUGUUCCGUUGUUUGGGGAACCGAAACAUUGGCAUAAUAAACAAGCAAAGAGAAAAGGGCAGCCAUGUUUAUUUCGUUUCAUUCCGUACCGUACCGUUUCACACCCAUUCCACCUUGACAAAUACCAGCACAGAUAUGCGCAGAGUAGGCGACUACAAACGCAGAACUUGCAAUUGUAUUGUACAUGGUUAGUAUGUGGGAUGGCUGAAACAAUUGUUAAUAUUGUUGUGUGUGUGUGUGUGUGUGUGUGUGUGUUAUUUUCCCUGUCUGUACACCAACAGUCAAUUCUGGCUAUGUACAGUUGUUUUUGUAGCUUUGCUGUUGUACACUGUAGUCUCAUGAAUACAUAUAAAUGUGCAUAUGUAUGUGUGGUGUCUACCCAAAUGUUUGUACAAUGGAUUUCACUUUGCGUCGUGAAACCUCGGUAAAGUCGUAUACCAAAAGUUUCUAUAUAUGCCUACAACUCAGUGUUGCCACAGUUAAUAACGUUAGUAAUGCAGUGAAAUAUUUUUUUAAUUUUGGACUGGGCUCCAAAAUUACAAUGCUUCAGUGACUUUUACCACAACUAAAGAAAGCUCAACUAAUCGAUAAAUAGAAAUAAUUUCAAUAAUCUUAAUUUCACCAAUAUGACCGUUAUGUUUAGUGUAAUCUAGCGAAAUUCAAAGUGGUCGAGAACUGACAUUAAAACAAUAUUGGCAAUGCAUAUUUUGAAUCAUUAAGUCGUCUAAGUAAAUUAAAACUCUUUUGAUAAAAUCAUUUACUCUUUAUUGUAUUAUUUCCAACGGAAUGGCAGCACACAAAUACGAGCACUGGUUUCAACGCACCCGACUGGCCUUUGUUUGUGUAUAGUCCAUGGCCAGAUGAUUUCGUUUUCAGUUCGUUCGGUGCGAAAUUAAUUCGUGACUUACUGCAGCUAUGCGUCUCAGUGUAGGCUCUGACUCAAGCUGUUUUAGUUUAUGUUUGACAACAAUUGAAUAAAGUACCAACAGUUUUUUUUUUGUACUCUGCAUGUAGUUAAUGUAUACAUAUAUGUGUAACGUGAAAUCAAACUGAGGCAAAGUGUCUAAGCAUUUAACAAAAUAAAAUAGCUAAAUAACAGUAAUGUUUUUAAACAAUAAAAUGUUUUAAACAACCAAAAUACCUAACGCCUUGUACACAAUGGAAAUGACUUUGUAAAUUUGUGCAUUCAUUGGUAAAAAUGAGCGAGUUGUAAUGAAAAAUCGAUAACUCCAAAAAACUUUAUUGUGUUGUAAGAAAAUAAGUUGUUGUAAAACGACAGAAAUAAAAUAAACAACCAAAAUGUCUUCGUGAAGCAAGAAAAUUCAAAAUUCUUUGUUUCACCAACCAUAUUGAAAGAACUGAAAGGUGAAGGAAAUUUUCCGCAAAAUUACAAACACCAAGAAAAUAUUCUUUUAAAAAACAAUUGCAUUUCGUCACUCGUAUUUUUUGCGAAAGUUGAAAUUUUUGUGAUAACUUUGUAAAAGUACAAAUUAGUGGUAGAAAAAUAAAACAGAGAGCUCUUAGACUAAUACUAAACGUAAAUUAAAUGUUAAGUAACACAAACAACGUUACAUUAAGUACCAACAAGUUUUUUUUAGUGCAAUAGCGAAAUUUUUUCUACACAUUUAAAUAAAAGCUUAACUCUGAUACAACAUUCCUGCGCAACAUAAACCAAAAUGGCUGUCAAAAUGUACUAGGCCAGCCCUCACAAUGUCUGUCCCUGUACGCUACUCUGCUGCCGCCAAUUACGCCGUCGUUGAUAGUGGUUUGUCAAAUACUCUACAACAAGAAGAGCAAUACCACCAAUUCCAACAGCAACAGCAACAACAACAGCACCAGCAGUUGUAUUGCCAAUUUGUCGCCAACGCCAACGCUAACGUCAACAACAUCAAUUUGAGUUUGGGCGAGUGCAAUAACUUCGUGAACGGCAAUAUAAACGGUUUUGACGUGCAGCAGCAGUUGAUGCAGCAGCGGUCAUCGAUGUCGUCGUCGGUUUCGCCAAUAACUGGAUUACCCGCCAACAUCAACCAUCACCAACAUCAUCAUCAUCAUCAUCAGCAAUCUUCACCAUUAAACAUGGACAAUAUGAAUAUCAAUAAUAUUGAUGUUCUGCAGGAGGAGGAAGAGGCUCACCAAUUGCAUUAUCAUCAACAUCAUUACGAUGAUCAGUCGGCAUGCGAGCAAUCGGAAUUGCCGUCAAACGGUAUGAUGGGCGGCGAGACAGUGGCGGAAGCUAUGAACUCAACGAUGUUGGCGGCAGCAGUAGCGAAUGGAAGCGGUAGUGCAGCAAUGCAUACUGUGGAUGUAGAUGUGGAUGAGUGGAGGAUGUCUGACGAGGGCCGGUAUGGGACACCGGGUGCUGCUGGCUUGGAAUAUCAAAAAUAUGAGCUAGAACAACAACAACAUACACCUGCUAACAUGAUGAACCAACCACUAGAGUCUUCGUUAAUGGAUAAUGAGAAUAGGAAUAUGAAGAUGAACAACAAUGCUAAUAGCAGCACUACCAACAGCGAUGCCAAUGAUGCCCCAAAUUCGCAGAAGAAGGAGAAUGAAUUAUUCGGUUUGCCAUCCGAAGAGCUGUAUCGCAUGUUGAACGAAUACAAUGUGUUGCAGGAUAAAUACCACACUGUAUUGCUAAUGCCGAGAGAAUCCAAGCGUGAAGUGACGGCCGGUGGACGUGAUGGCUCCGCGUAUGUUUUACGUUGCCUUAAAAUGUGGUAUGAGCUGCCCUCCGAUGUGCUAUUCUCAGCAAUGAGCCUUGUGGAUCGCUUCCUGGAUCGCAUGGCUGUGAAGCCGAAGCAUAUGGCCUGCAUGAGUGUGGCCUCAUUUCACUUGGCUAUCAGGCAGCUAGGAUUGAAACCAAUACCCGCGGAAGAAUUAGUAACUAUUUCACAGUGUGGUUGCACAGCUGGCGAUUUGGAGCGUAUGGCUGGUGUUAUCGCCAAUAAAUUGGGUGUACAAAUGGGCACCACCCCGGUCACUGCCGUCACCAUCCUGCGCGUUUUUUAUGCCCUUUUCCGUAAUCUGGCAAAGGAGGUAUGCGAUGAAUUCUAUGAAUUCUAUCAACGUAUGAUCAAGUUGGAGGAUCUGGAAAAUCGUUUGGAGAAUCUGCUGUGCGAUGUCAAGACCACAGUUAUAGCACCAUCAACAUUGGCAUUAAUACUGAUGUGUCUACAUUUGGAUUUCCACAUUAAGGCGUCCUACAAACGCGAACGCCCCGAAUUGAAACCCGUAUUCGAGUAUAUACUUUUCCUGCAGCAAUAUUUGCGGAUUCCCGAUCGCGUAUUUAGCAGUGGUUUCUCCGUUGUAGCUGAGAUACUCUCUCACUACAAUGGUCAAAACAAGCAGCCCUACAAGCAACGCUUAGUUUGGAAAUUGUCCAGCCGCACACUGAAAGUAUUGCGUCCAACCAAUCGUUUUUCAACCGAUCUAACCACCAUCGAUGAAGGCCAAACGAAUGUCAUGGAUGAAGGCUGUCGUUCAAGAACUGAAAGCAUUAGCUCCGAGGAGGAGGAGGACUGGCCCACAUCACCCAUUAUUCCGAUCUUUGAACAGUGUUAGUACAGUACACACACGCAUAACAGGAUGCGAUCAGAACAUCAGAUUUUUGCUUACGAACUCAACAAAUAACUGCGGGAUAUUCUUUUUGGGUUAGAUCGUUUGAGUAGAGGCGUACGCAAAAAAAAAAAAAAAACAAAAAAGAAAAAACAGAAAAGCAAAACAAAUUGUUUCACAAGGAGGCGCAAUGUUGUUGAACGAAUUGCAAUUGAAGAUUACAAUGUAUGGCAAUACGAAGUUGAAAAGCUCGAGAGCAGCAACAUAAGAUAGUAAAACAACAACACCAACCAACAUAUCCUGCAUAAAAACAAGAAACAACAGACAUUUUGUUUUUUGACAAUAUUUUGUUUUGGAAACAGUAAUCAAAUCCGUAAGCGAGGAAUCAGCAGUUUUUAGCAAAAACAACAACAAAAGCUAUCAAAAUAAUAUUUUUUUUAACAAUAACACCAAGCUCCCCACUCUGCGAUGUGUGUAUAUUUUGCUAUGCAUCAUAAUUACGAAAUAAUUCUUAUUUGUUUUAGUAUAUGUAUGUAUGUACGUACUGUAGAAGAUUGAUGAUUAGAGAGGAAAAACAAAAGCAAAUAAUAUAUGGGUUAGAAGGCGGCGCAUAUGUAUGACCAUGGCCAGUCAGACAGUUAGGAAGGUGCGUAUAUAUAAGGAAGAUGUUUAAUUCUAUUUCGAAACUUAAGGAAAAACAUGAAACCAAACAAAAAAAUUUAAAAACUUAAAUAUUAAAAAAAAAAAAUCAAAAAAAAAAAAACAAAAAACAUAAUAAAUGUUGCGGACCAUCAUACCAAGGAUUGAUGCCGUUCCGACGCAUUUUCUUCGAGGAACAGUAGAAGUGAGUAGUGAAAAAUUCUUGGCAGAAUACAAAUUCACAGCAAAACCUUCGAAAAUAAUUCGUUUUUAACGAAUCGAUUAAAAUAACACCUUAAACAAUUGCUAAGUAUUUUAGCUGCGCGCACCAUGCUAAACGUUUUGCGCAUGCGCGCACAGCUGAAAUGCUUACAAAUUGCUGUUGAUGAUGAGAUGAUGAGAUGAGCAGGUGUCCUACUCCAACGUGGCACUGCAUUUGGGUUCGCUCACACAAAAAAUUAUCCAAAACAUUUAUAAAGAAAACAUAAAGUUUAUCAACAAAAAAAAAACCCCAAAACAAAAGAUUUAUUUACUUGUAAUUAAUAAUUACGAAACAUUACUACAAACUACAAUCAAUAUCAAUUCUGUCAUGUUAAACCGUUUGUUUGUAUUCUUCUUAGUUUAUAAUAAUUCGUUUAAUUAUUUCUGUUAAAAACAAAAGAAAAAAAAAACAAAAAAACUAAUAUACAAAGUUUAAAAUUAAAAAAAAUUAAAUUAAAAUAGACAAAAACAUAUGCAAUUAGAUUAUAUAAAAGGCAAAAAUAAAAUAAAAAACUUAAAUAUAUCCACUACAAUAACUAAUAGUAAAUACUGUAAUGUUAUCUUUGUAUACAAUGAAAAUAUCACAACAAAAUCAUUAAAUACGCAAACGAUAUGAUGCAAUUAAAAAUCACCGUUUUAUUCCAAAUUUUCUUUAGUUCUAUUUAUCGUAACACCAAAUUUGUAGUAAGAAGAAAAACGAAAAAACAAAAUGAAAAAAACAACAAAAAAUUUAAAAAGUACAAAAAUAAUUUAUUUUUAAUUUGAAAAAAAAAACUGUAUGUUAAUUUGUGCAAAAUUCUCAAAAAAUUGUAAAUUUAAACUUGAUUAAGACGCGCUAAGUUUUAAGUUUAUAAGCUGAUUGACUAAUGCGGUUUAGUUAAAAUUAAAACGA